AUCGACAUCUAAAUCAUGUCGAAUCCUUGUCUGGCCCUCAACAGCAACUUUGACGCAUCGCCUUUAUUGGGAGCCAUUGCCACGAGGAAGACGUCCUUGAGACCUCGGGAAGCGGUCUUUCAUUCAGUCUGCUUGAAUGCGCAGAGCCCUCAAAGCUUUGCCGCAACGGAAUAGCAUGGCUAAAUUUUACGCUGUCGCAAGAGGGCGGGAGGGUCCCAAGAUCUACAGUAGCUGGGAUGAUGCGAAGGACAACGUGACUCGCUUUCCCGGUGCUAAACAUGCGAGCUUUAAGACUCAGGCGCAGGCAGAGAUGUGGUUAGCUACCACACUAUCUCUCUUGGACUCCCACACGAACUCGAGCUUCGGUCCACAAAGAAGUGCCAAUACGCGCCCCUCUGCGGCCAUCGCGAAGCCAUAUACCCGACCUCCAGUCUUGCAGGGAGCACCGUCCACUUCGUCAUACCCGGACUCCGUCUCCUCCUCACACGCUCCAUUCAUAGAUCCAGAACUAGAACCAGCUCCCAUCGCACUGUCCUCCGAGCAGAACGCUGUGCUCCAGCGGAUACUUUCAGGGACAAACACGUUCUUUUCCGGUUCCGCAGGCACAGGGAAAUCGGUGUUAUUGAGAGAGAUCAUAAGACGAUUGCGAUGGAAAGGGAGCGAGUCUGUCGGGGUUACCGCAUCCACUGGAAUAGCGGCGAUUAAUAUAGGCGGGUCCACAAUCAACUCUUGGGCUGGCAUAGGCCUCGGGAAGUUGCCAGUGGAAAAGCUGAUUGGGCCGCUCAUGUGGCAGCCAAAAUACGCGCAGGCUAAGACGCGUUGGUUAAAUGCUGAGACUUUGAUCAUUGACGAGGUCUCCAUGAUUGACGGGACUUUGCUGGACAAAUUGGAAGCCAUUGCUCGAGCAAUCAAACAAAACGACAAGCCCUUUGGUGGGAUCCAGGUCGUUCUAUGCGGAGAUUUCUUCCAGCUUCCUCCGGUUCCCGAUACAGUCGACGGAAAGCCCAUCUUGCCGACGUUUGCAUUUGACUCCGCCGCGUGGUCAAAGUGCAUUGACAAACCUGUGAUACUGACACAAGUCUUCCGGCAGAAGAACCAAGAGUUUGUCGAUAUUCUCAAUGCGAUGCGCUUUGGGAAGGUGCAUGACUCCGAAGCUGUUAGAGCCUUGGCUCGUGACGUUCAGUACACUGACGGCAUCAUGCCAACUGAACUGCGAGUACUCGCGAGGAGAGACGAAGUGGACCGCGUGAACCGCAGGCGACUGGACACUUUGACUGGAGAAUGUCAGACAUACGAGUCGAUGGAUGUGGCCGGCGUCGACUCCAACGGAAACCGGCUGAACGACUCGGACAAGUUUCGGAUUCUCAGUCGCCUGGUUGUGCCGCAACGCGUCAGCCUUAAAGUUGGGGCACAGGUCAUGCUCGUCAAGAAUCUAGUGCAAGGCAGACUGGUGAACGGCUCGAUCGGCCGGGUCGUUCGAUUUGCCACAGCUGCGGAAGCGGCGCUAGAGCGCAUGGAAACAUCUACACCCGAUGGUCCCGGUGCAGCAAGGACGGACCGCCAGCCCGAGCGGCGUUGGCCCGUGGUUAAAUUCAUCGACGGCUCGGAGGUCUUCAUGACGCCUUUGGAGUUCACGAUCCAUAACGCGGAAGGUGGGAUGGAGGCUCGUCGGGAUCAGAUUCCUCUGAUCCUCUCUUGGGCCAUCAGUAUCCAUAAAUCUCAGGGCCAGACGAUAGAGCGGGUUAGGAUUGACAUGAGAAAUAUCUUCGAAAAAGGACAAGCCUAUGUUGCGAUGUCUCGCGCUGUGUCAUUAGAUGGCCUCCAAGUCGUCAACUUCAGCUCUUCCAAGGUCAUGGCUCAUCCACGUGUGCUCGAAUGGCACGAAGCUCUGGGGAUCAAACAAACGGCCUCUUCUCCGGAGAGACGGCGCAUGGCCCCCAGAAAUAGGGAGACUCUAGAAAUAUGGUCCGAGGACGAAGACGGGUGGGACAUAGGCCGGGACAAUUAUUAUCGUUAG